ACGUAAACAAAGUCUCUCACUGAGGCAGGGCAGAGAGCCUGAUGUAACAACUUUGCAGACUUCAGGAGAUAGUUGCAUUCAUCACCAUGGACACAACUGACAAAAAUCAUCAUGUCCAUUUCUCCGAAGACACGGAUCAAAUGGGAAAUACAGCCAUCGCGAUAAAGGAGAAAGUGCCUGGAAAAGAGUAUGAGGCUCAUGUGGGUUUUUUACAGCUUCUUCAUCGGUACCACAUCACGGUUCUAUUACCCGUAAAGGACGCAGGCGAAGGUUACCAGACAGGCACUCAGGGCGUUUACUGCCAGACCAAAGCUCUCAGGGCAGUGGAAAAUCAAGGCCUGGAGGUGGAGCUUGAACUCAUGGCUCACAAGGAGAAGCUUUUGAAGGAGAAGGUCUUUCUGGCAAAACCUUCUGUAGGGCAGCUCCAGCUUGUCAUCUUUGCCAGGGUUCUGGGCAAAGGCAAGGGCACUCCAAUGCUGCGUGACGGCAUCAAGUGCAUAGGUGUUGAACAGGACGAAGAGUCGGAAGCCUCGGAUUGGCAGGGCUUCAACUAAGGGAGAGGAGGAGGCUUUGCCUUUCCGCACUCUAUUGUCCCAAACCAUUGUGAUACCGGAUGGGCCUUGUUUUCUCCAUGUCCUCUGAUGUACUCAAAUUAAAAGACAGAUAAAAGAGAUUAGGUUUAGUGACAAAAUAGACUGUGAUCUGAUGCUAAGGUUUUUGUUUUUGUUUUUGUUUUAGGUGUUUCCAGUAGGUAUUCUCAGGAAGAAAGAGAGGAAGAGAGAAGCCUUGAUUGUGCGUCUAGGCUAGGUUUAAUCGUGCUCAAGUUGGAACAUUUUUAUCUCAAGAGAUGUUUCAUUAGGUUGAUGUAGUCUUUAUGCUCAUAUGUUACUGUGUAAGCCUAAUUAGAAAACAGUUGAGAAUAUAUAUCUACAUAUUUAUGUCCUUUUCACACCAUAGCUGGAGAUAUUUAUUAAGUAUUUUUUAGAUGUUCUUGAUAUGAAAAAUAUUUUGAAGAAAGAUAAUGUGCUAGUUUAGAUAGAUUCUUUGUAAUGUUUAGUAUAAUUAUGUUUUAUAACUAUUACUAUAUCCAGAUCUUUAGAAAAACUCUUUCUUUUAUAGCGAUGAAUUGAUAGUAGUAUUAUGGUUUAUUAUGAACUGUGUUGUCUAUAUGAGACUAAUUCACGCAAGGGAAGCAGUUUUUAAAUGUCUCCGUAUAAGGUAAAUGGUGGCUUAGCAUCAGAAAAUUAUUUAAGAUUGAAAAAUGUUAAGAGUAAUACAAUUUAGGAAGUACUAGCAAAACAUGUAAAAUGCAACGGUAGAUAAAGUGCAAAAAACAAAAAAAAAGUCAAGAAAAUAAGAGAUUGAGUUUUAUGAAUGUAAGAAAAUUAUUAUUAUACUCAACACUGUCCUCAUUUGGUUGUCUCAAAGCCCAGUUUUAUAACACAUUAACUAUGCAAUUAGGUGAUUACAAUAACCCCCAUUGUGUAAAGAUUAAAAAACAAUAUAUAUUUAGUUAAAGGAAAUUAUAAUUUGUUUCUCCAGAUUCCAUUUUUCAUCGACCCCCUUUUCUCUUCGGUAGUUUGUAAGUAACGGGAUUGCGGUUUCCCACAGCCUUCCAUUUUUAUCCCACUUUGUAGGGUAAGCACACUUGAUUGGAUAAUUAAGAGGAUUUAUCUAAUUUGUAACAUGUUAAUAAAGAGUUACCUGAUUUCCAUCUUAUAGAUUAGAAUAAGGAAAGGAUUCAAACAAAAGCAGCUGUUUAGUAAAAGAAGUUCAUUACAUAUCCAGCUUGAUCUGAAUGUAAUAUUCAAAGGUAGGUACAAAAUAUUUAUAGUGGAAGACAUUUGUGUCGUCUUUUACAGAUUUUAUAACAAUUGGUCUAUUUAAUCCUGAUAAAGACUACAUUUUAUAUGUUAUUAGAUAGACAUUUCUCCUGAAGUGUUAGAUUGAAACUAUUGGUACUUUUGUUAUCUUUAAAGACUUGGAAAGCAUUGUUUGACGGCAGGGAAAAUAUCAACACGUGAAAAAAAUACAGUUGUAAUAGCAUUAGCAUUGUAUGCAAUAUUUUUAAAUGCAUAGUACUGAAGAGGUUGAAUAAGAAGGGAAAUUUUGUAUGUACUAAAUUAUGGAAUCGGUCAUAAAUGCAAAACAAAAGGGAGUUUGAUGGAUGGCUUAUAUUAUGUUCUAAUUUUUUAGUUUUAUGUGUCAUAUCAAUAAAUAUGAUGGUAACAUUGAAACUUAAUAUUGCACUAAUGUAAAACGUGUAUUUCACUCCUUUUGAAAACUUGUGUAUGUGAAUCCCAUUAUAAUAAUUGUGCAUAUUUACUAUGCACUUAAAUACCCAGUUUUAGAAAUGAAACGCUCAGUCAUAUUUAUAAAUGUUUCCUGUGUUUAGUUUCAUAUUAAAUGUAACCUAAUAAAUAUUUACCAAUUUUAUCAGCAU